AUGGCUGUUAAUAUGUCAAUUGUACUUGUAAAUGCUGGCCUAGAAGCAUUGUUGAGAUUUGUUGGUGAUUUGGAAUUUGAGUUUUCAGAGGUGCCUACUGCUGUGAUAGCAGGAUCUAUUGUCGGAGCAUGUAGUUUUAUUGGAGCUCUUAUAGGUGGAAGGACUGGACUUGUAGUUGGUGGAGGUAUUGGAUACCAGAUUAACAAUUUGUUGAUACCAAGAAUUAGAAAUGUAGGAAACAUGUUACGGGACUUGGCUACAGAUCAUCUUCGGACUUUGUUUGGUUUACUGAUUAGUGGAAUUCAAAAUACGGUUUCUACUGUACUGGGUCAAAUAGUAAAUCAAAAUCUAUACAUAACAGAUCUUUUAGAAAGAUAUGGUGGUAAUUCUGAAGUUCGAAUGAAUAUGAUUCAAACUCUCAUCAAUUUUUUCAAUGGUAUUCAUGGUGGUACUUUCCUCCAAGUCACACCAUAA